AUGCCUCUUCUCUUGAUCACAGGAUACCCUUCCGCGGGUAAGACAACCCGAGCCAUGCAAAUAAAGGACUACUUCGAGAAGAAGAUCCAGGAGACAGGGUCGAAUCUGACAGUGGAGGUGAUCAAUGAUGAGUCUCUGGGACUGAGCAAAGACUCGUACAAGGAGAGCCGGACUGAAAAAAUGACCCGUGGCGAGCAAAUAUCUGCUGUUAAACGGUUGGUUUCCAAAAACACCAUCGUCAUUCUCGACAACAUGACAUAUAUCAAAGGAUUCAGAUACCAGCUGUGGUGUGAAGCAAAGGCCGUGGCUACCAACUAUGGAGUGGCACAUGUGGGUGCUCCCGUUGAUGUUUGCAAGGAAUACAAUUCAAUUCACCCCAACAAGUGGGAGGACGAUCUCUUUGACGCCCUAGUAUUCAGAUAUGAAGAGCCGAAUGGAGCGAACAAGUGGGAUUCUCCUCUCUUUACCAUUCCUCAUAUUGACAAAGACAUCUCUGGUGAGGAAAUGUGGAAUGCUUUGGUUCACCGAAAGGUUCUAAAACCCAACCAGGCAACUGUGCUAAAGCCUGCCACGUCUACUGACUACCUCUAUGAGCUUGAUAAGAAGACCCAGACCAUUGUCAGCGAGAUCCUUGAUAUCCAAAGAGACAAUGUUGGAGGUCUCGUGAAGCUAGAUGGUGGUAAUCACAGUCUUCAGCUGCCUAUAGAUGCUGUCAGUCUUCCUGAACUGCAACGUAUGAGGCGUCAGUUUGUGACUCUCAAUAAGAUGAGAGCACUCGGCGAUGACAGAAUCAUUCCGCUGUUCAUUGAGUUCCUUGAGAAGAACUUUGAUGAAUAG